GAAAAGUCAUCCACCUGCUUUUUACAUCAUCAAACCCUUUUCUCAUCUCCCUCUCUCUCUCUCUCUUCGAUGUUGUUCAGACGAAGAACAAGACAAGAGUCAAACUGAGAAAGACAAGUACAUACAUAUGAAGGCGACAAUCGAAUCAUCCAUACUCGUAUCAUCUUCUUCUUCUUCCACCAAACCCUAAUUCCAAUUUCAUCUUCCCCUUUUUCCAAAAAAAAAAAAAUGGAUCUCUCCGACAUCCGUAACAACAACGAUACCGCCGCCGCCGUCACCGGAUUAGGUGGAGGAGCAAGACAACUAGUUGACGCAUCUCUCACAAUCGUCCCCAGAUCUACACCCUUAGAAGACUCAACACUCUCAACAACAACAACAACAACAACAACGUCUGCUGUGGCGGCGACUACAACGAAGCGUUCGACUAAAGACCGUCACACAAAAGUCGACGGAAGAGGACGGCGGAUUCGUAUGCCGGCGCUUUGUGCGGCUAGGGUUUUUCAGUUGACGAGAGAGUUAGGUCAUAAAUCUGAUGGUGAAACUAUUGAAUGGCUUCUUCAACAAGCUGAGCCGGCGAUUGUUGCUGCUACAGGUACUGGUACUAUUCCGGCCAACUUUUCUACUCUCAGUGUUUCGCUUCGUAGCAGCGGAUCGACUCUUUCGGCGCCGCCGUCUAAAUCUGUGCCGCUUUAUGGUGCUCUUGGAUUGACUCAUCACCACCAACAUCAGCAACAUCAGUUUGAUGAACAAGGAGGUGCGUUUGCUGCGGCGGCUCAUGCGACGCCGCUAUUAGGGUUUCAUCAUCAUCUUCAACAGCACCACCACCACCAUCAGAAUCAAGCUCCGGUGGAAACGAUUCCUGACGGUGAGAAUUACUCCAGGAAACGGUAUAGAUCGGUUGAUUUGUCUAAGGAAGAUGAUGAUGAUAGGAAACAGAACGAGAGUAAGUCUUUAAAAGAAAGUGAAACUCCGGAUCCUGCGGCGGCGCCGAUGUGGGCGGUUGCUCCGACGACCAGUAGGUCGAGCGGUGGGAACACUUUUUGGAUGCUUCCGGUGCCACCCGGUAAUCAGAUGGAGAGUAGUAGCAAUAACAACAACAACACUGCGGGCCACCGUGCUCCUAUGUGGCCAUUUGUGAACUCUGCCGGAGCUGGAGCUGCGACUCAUUUUAUGGCGGGAACAUGGUUUAGUUUUCCGAUGGAUCAGUAUAGAGGGAGUCCUCUUCAACUAGGCUCGUUUGUAGCUCAGCCGCAGCCGACUCAGAACUUAGGUCUAAGCAUGCCGGACUCGAAUCUCGGGAUGUUAGCCGCUUUGAACGCGGCUUAUUCGAGAGGCGGAAACGAAAACGGGAAUGCGGAACAAGCGGUGGAGCAUCAAGAGAAGCCGCAACAGAGUGAACAUGAUGAGGAAUGCAGAGAGGAGAACUCCAAUAGCUCUGAGUGAGUUGAUGUAAAACUAAUCUUAUGAGAUUAUUUGAAAUUGGUAAGAUUAAUUUUAAGCGUUUUGUAGCGGGUUGCGUUUGAUUGCUCGCUGUGACAUUUGUGUGUUGUUGUUUAGUAGUCUUGUCUUUUGUGUGAAGAAAUUGUUAGGUUUGGGUCCAAAUGGACUCUCGUGGGUAGAGAAUGUUUUCAUUGUAUAGUAGGAAGGAAUGAUAGGACCCGUGAUUUGUUUUUCUAUUUCUCUUUUUUCAUUGUUGAGUUUCUUAUAUUUUUGUAGGACUUAUUUUGCAUUUGAAAAAAAAAAAAAAAAUGAUUUGCAUAAAUUAAUCGCAAUUCUUGUCUCUGUUUUUCCCUCAAUUUGAGAACUUUGUAUACAUACUAGCAAACAGUCAAAGAGCACAAGGAUGUGAAACUCAUCCACUAGGGUACUACCUUGAGGACAUGAGUUUAAAGCUUCCGGAUUUUAUACAUUCUUUUUCGACCAAGGUCUAUGCCACUCUGGCACAAGGAUAUUACAGUUUUUCUAGUCUAUGCCUAAAAUAUAUCGUGUCAGG